UCUCACCUCCUGGACUCCAAAACAGUCUGAUUGCCAGGGUGGGUCAAUGGUUAACACUCAACCAGUCUUAUAUAAGCUGGCCCUGGCCAGCCGCCUACCUGCGGCACCGGCAUCGCUCCUUCAACUCCGUGGAUCCCGGAGGCGGUGGAUCCAGCAGCCCUUGCGGGUCCACACCAUGGCCACCUGCUGGCAGGGCCUGUGGGCCUAUCGCCUCUACCUGCUUGUGUUCCUUCUGCCCGUUUUACUGCUACCCUUGCCCAUCCUCGUCCCCACCAAGGAAGCCUACUGUGCCUACUCCAUCAUCCUCAUGGCGCUCUUCUGGUGCACGGAGGCUCUGCCCCUGGCUGUCACCGCCCUCUUCCCCAUCGUCCUGUACCCCAUGAUGGGCAUAAUGGAUGCCUCUGAGGUCUGCGUCGAGUAUUUUAAGGACAGCAACAUCCUGUUCGUCGGGGGGCUGCUGGUGGCCAUCGCCGUGGAGCACUGGAAUCUGCACAAGCGCAUUGCUCUGCGUGUGCUCCUCAUCAUUGGGGUGCGGCCUGCCCUGCUGCUCUUGGGCUUCAUGCUGGUCACGGCCUUCCUGUCCAUGUGGAUUAGCAACACGGCCACCACGGCCAUGAUGGUGCCCAUCGCUCACGCCGUUCUCCAGCAGCUGCACAAGAUGCCCACAGGCAAGGACGUGGAGGAAGCCUGCGACAACCCCGCCUUUGAACUCCAGGAAGCAAGUUCCCAGAAGGAAGAGACCAAGUGUGCUGAGAAAGCUUCGUUCCCAGAUAACAGGCAGGUCCACCCUGCGUCUCCAGAGCCCACGGGACAGCGGCAGGAGCAGCUCCGCUUUAGCCAGGGCAUGAGCCUGUGCGUGUGUUAUGCGGCCAGCAUCGGGGGCAUCGCCACGCUGACCGGCACCACUCCUAACCUGGUGCUGCAAGGCCAAGUCAACUCGCUCUUCCCGCAAAAUGGCAACGUGGUGAACUUUGCGUCCUGGUUCGGCUUUGCCUUCCCCACCAUGAUCAUCUUGCUGCUGCUCUCCUGGCUGUGGCUGCAGAUCCUCUUCCUGGGGUUCAACUUCCGGAAGAACUUUGGCUUUGGGGGACAGGCACAGGAGAGAGCGCAGGCAGCCUUCCAUGUCAUCCAAACAGAACACAAGCGGCUGGGCCCCAUGAGCUUUGCAGAAAAGGCUGUCUCUGUCCUCUUUGUCACCUUGGUGGUGCUAUGGUUCACCCGGGAGCCAGGCUUUUUCCUCGGCUGGGGCAACCUGGCAUUUCCUGACGAGGAAGGAGACAGCAUGGCGUCCGAUGCGACAGUGGCCAUCUUCAUUGGCAUCAUUCUGUUCUUGGUGCCCUCCGACAUCCCAGGACUGACUCAGGAUCCAGAAAACCCGGGGAGGCUGAAGGCCCCUCCUGCCCUCCUCAACUGGAAGACCGUGAACGAGAAGAUGCCCUGGAAUAUUGUGCUCCUGCUGGGGGGCGGCUUUGCCCUGGCCAAGGGCAGCGAGAAAUCAGGCCUGUCUGAGUGGCUGGGGAACAAGCUGACCCCACUAGAGAACGUGCCACCUCCUGCCGUCGCACUCAUCGUCUGCCUCCUGGUUGCCGCCUUCACUGAGUGCACCAGCAACGUGGCCACCACCACACUUUUUCUGCCCAUUCUGGCCUCCCUGGCACAGGCCAUCUGCCUCCACCCUCUCUAUGUCAUGCUUCCCUGCACGCUGGCCUCCUCCCUGGCCUUCAUGCUGCCUGUGGCCACCCCACCCAAUGCCAUCGUCUUCUCUUUCGGAGGCCUCAAAGUGUCCGAUAUGGCCCGGGCAGGCUUCCUGCUCAACAUCAUCGGCGUGCUGGUGAUCACGCUGGCCAUCAACAGCUGGAGCUAUCCCAUCUUCCACUUGCACAGCUUCCCCACCUGGGCCGACUCCAACAACACAGCCGGCUGCCUGGCCACCCAGGCAAAUGCCACAACACCUGCGCCCUAGACCAGGGUGCAGUCUGGCCAAGACCAGGAAGACCCGCCUGUUCGAAUUCCUCUGAGCCAGGAGGGGACACCCAGGCUCCAAGCCAAACAUGGAGAGAAAGGCACAUAUAUAUAGAACGUCGUGUGUAUGUCUGUAAGGAAGGGGUGUGUGUGCUCAAUGCUGUGGUUCUGAGGAAAGUGUGUGUGUGUGUGUGUGGACAGCGUGUCACGUGAGGAUGCCUGAGAGGGGGUUUCUUGUGUGUGCACAUGACCCUCGGUGUGCGUGCUUGGCAGUGCGCAUGUGUGAGCUCCCAGACCAUACAACAUGCCCUCUCUGGCACUCUGGGUCCUCGUCUCCCAGCUUUGUGGGUGAUCAGACCCCACUGCACUAUAUUUAUUGAAAUUUGGGGUUGGGGUAGCCUGGGGAAUAGGGCCGACCAGCCGUUGCCACAGCAACAGCUUCUGGGACCAGCCCAGCUACUGCGGUCUCUCCAACUGCUCAGGUUUGGGGAGAGGGAUGGAAUAUUAGCUGCAUUAAAGUCUUUUUUUCAGUAGCAUCUGCUGGUUUUUUCAUGGCACUUUCCGGGGCUGGUCCACAACAUGGUUCAGGCACCAGGUUGGGGAGUAUGGUGGCAGGGGACUUGGCCUCUGUCCUGUACGGUGGCCCCCUUGGCACCCCUCCCACCCAAGGGAGAAGGUAAUGGCCAGGAAGCCCUGCCAAGGCCGAUUGGAGUGGGCGCAGCCACCCAGGAAAGCAGCACUGACAUCACCGGCCCCAGCUAAUUGGGAGCUGCCAGUCCCUGCGUGUCUUUGGGAAAACCGGCUUCCCCGUUCCCAGAGCACUCCCUGGGCAUUUACAUAAAACCCUCUGCCUCUGCCAGUUCCUCACCACCGACCCUUCCUCCGGCUUGAAAAACCAGUCCCACCAGACCAGGGAAGGCAGACUGAC